AUGGAUAAAAAAUAUUAAGACCUUGUAGAGAAGAAAGGGAUAUUAGAGAAUGAACUUAAAAACUUAGAGAAGAAUAUAUUUGAUGAAGAAACAAGAUAUUUGGAAGAAACAGGUCAUAUAGGUAAUGUGAUCAAAGGAUGGGAAGGAUACUUGAAUAUGAAGAAUUCUAAAUUAGGUGGAAAUUUAUAAAGGAAAGGAAAGAUUAAUCCAAAUGAUAGGAUAUUUUCAUAGAGUAGCAAAACAUCACCUUUUAUAUAAGAAAUUUCAUAACCUGUUUAAACAACAGGAACAUAAAAAUAAAUUUUGAAUGAAGGAAGUGGAGAAGAGAAAAAAGAAUAUCAUUUUAGAAGGACAAAGAAAAAUAAUAAAUAUGUUAGAUUUUAAAAGGGGUAAUUUAAAUUUAUAAUGUUUUAGUGAAGGAGGGUAUCAUUCUCCAAUGACUUCUAGUGAUGAAUAUCAUGAAAAGAAGGGAAAGGUACAUAAAAAAAUUUGA